AUGGCAAGUGUCAUCGCGGGAAGUAGCAGCAGCAGCAUUGAUGUUACAGCGGGCGGCAGGGCUUUGCGGGCGGCGGGCGAGAUUGGCAUCGCGUUGGUAGAACUCCAGCGACAUCUGGACGAGGAGGUUGCCAAGGCCACGCCGGCGUCGGCGUCGGCGCCGGCGCCGGCGCCAGGUGAGACGGUCGAAGCCCCUGCGCAAGCCACGGAGGUGAUCAAGGGGGACCCACUGCUGCAUGCUCUCGUCCGCUGUAGCCGCCAGCUGACCAAGCUGAGACAUUCGCUGCUCGCACAGGCGCACGGGCCCCAUGAAUCGUUGCAGCACAGGGGGCGGCCCGUGGCGGUCACGAACGACGGGCGGAAGGCGCAGUCCACUCUUCUGCAUGCGCAGCAAAUCGCCGACGACAUGUAUCACGGAUCGCUGGCACAGCUGAACGACCCCUUUAGCGCUGAGACCGGUUACCACUCCAAGGUGCUCGACACGGUCCAGUCCUGCGACAGGGCCAACGCGGUGACGGCGUCGGCCCUAACUCUAGUCAUCAGCGCGCUCUCGGGGUUCCCGCCGCACUCCUCCGCGCCCGUGACAAGCGGUAGCGGAGGCGCCGCUGACGUCGCCGGUGCUGCCGGCGAUGGCGACGGUGGGGCCCCCGCGGAAUCACGAACGGAGAGACAGCCGUCUUCCCUGGCAACCCCUCUCGGAAAUUGGACUGGUAGUCCCGAACGAAUCGAAACCCGCGAUGCCGGGAGGCCGGUAGCGGCGGCAGCGGGAGCGGCAGCGGGAGCGGCAGCGGGAGCGGCAGCGGGAGCGCAAGUGGGAGCGGGAGCGGGAGCGGGAGCAGCAACGGGAGGAGGAGAGGGAGGAGCCGCCGGAAGCGCGGGGAGUGGUCGCAAGAGUAUUAGCGGCGGAGGCGUGUACCGCAACCAGGGUAUCCAUCGGGGCGGCAGCGGGUCCGUGAGGAGCUGCCGUUCCCAAGCGGCGGCGGCGGCGGGCGUCGGAGGGCUGUGGCGGGCGGGCCGGAACAGCGGAGUGGAGCGGGGGACGCGGGUUGGUGGGGCGCGAUCGGCGGCGGUGGCCGCGUGGGGGGCGGCUCCGCCGAAGGCGACCGCAACGGAGAUGGCGGUGUCGCUGGGGCUAGCCCCGGUGACUCGGAGCGACGUUGCUGCGGCAGCGGAGGACAGGAAGAGGAGGGCUGCGGCGUCAUUGCGAGUGUCGAUGUCAGGUGCUGGAGCCGGGGGGGCAGAAGGUGUCGAAGGCUACGGAAAAGCGGGCGGAGGAGGGGCGAGCGCGGCAUCUUCUGCCGCACGGCGGCAGGACGCGGCGACCUUUCAGUUCGGAAGCGGGAAGCCUUCGCCGGUGGAGCGGCAACGGCGGCGGCAGCAGCAGCCCGCGACUUCGAGCGUGGAGGGUUCGAGGCGCGACAGGCCGCCGACAUCAGCGACGUGGCUUGAUGGUGCAGCCAGCGGCGACUGGCUGGCGGACAAAUCGGGGGAAGGCGCAAGCAGCCACGCAGCUGCGCAGGAAGCAGCAGGCGCGUUCGGAAGGCCCUCGACCACGGCACGUGGGGCGGCGGCGGCGGCGGCGGCGGCGGCGACGGUGGGUUCCAGCAGGCGGGUUGCAAGCGGCCAUCGGUCGCCGUCCGGCAGCUUGGUCUCCGCCCGCCUCGCGAGCCCCGAGCGCCUGCGCUCCGCGGGCCGGACGGCGCUAGACGUACGACGCCGGCUCGUGGCGGCGGGCUCGGGCUCGGGCUCGGGCUCGGGCUCGGGCUCGGGCUCGGGCUCGGGCUCGGGCUCGGGCUCGGGCUCGAGCGAAGGGCGCCGGAGGUCCGCCUCGGCGGCGGCGGCGGCGGCGGCGGCGGUUCGCAACAGGGGCGGCCCGCCAGACGCCGAAGAGGAGAAGCUGGUUAACGCUCUCUUCGACGAGGCCAGUUAUCGCGCUAUCCUUGGCAACGUGCCCGCCGCGAACGGAUCCUCCCCGCUCGACGAGGAGCGGCUGGCGAACGCGCUCUUCGACGAGGCCAGCUAUCGCGCUAUCCUCGGUGAGAGACCCACCCUGACCGGGUCCCGCUCCCCCCCCAGGAGCCUCAGCGCCCCUCGCGCCGUGGCCCGAAGGCGAGGCAUGAUCGGCUUUACGCCUCCCGCUGGGCCCGAGAGGGGAGGAAGAGGGCCGGGUCGGUGGGACUGUCCCUCUACGCCAGUGGAGAGCGAUGGACGAUCUCGGGGGGACGGCUGGUUGCUGUCAUCGGUGUCAUCGCAGGUGUUUCGGCCGAGAGAGGCGAGCGCAGCGGCGGCGGCGUUGGCGGAACCGUCCCAGGGCAUUGACGAGGACGAGGCCGCCGCGCGACGGUUCGCGAAGCAGGAACAGGAGGCCCAGGCCAGAGAGGACGAGCUCCUAGCUCUGCGCCUGGCCGCCCGAGAGGAGGCCGGCGCCGAGCGGCGGGCGUCCCGCCGCCGCGUCCAACGCCGCAGCAACGCCUCCUCCGCGCGGAGGAACUCCAUCCCGGGGUACAUCAGCCCCGACAGCAACCACCCGGCGGUAGCGUCGGCGGCGGGGGGCAACCUCAGCGACGCCGUCCGCGCUCUGCAGUUCCAGGAUAUCGACGAGAACGACUUCGAGACGCUGCUGGCGUUGGACGAAGCGGGCGGGGAGGGGGGGAGGUGUUGCGCCGGGGGUAAGGGUCUCGCGGAUGAGGCGAUGGAGGCGGUGCUGCAGACCGGGAAGGCGGCCGGGGCAAGGCUGGAAGAGAGCUGUGCGGUCUGCAUGGAGGAGUUCGGGCUCGGCGACGAGAUCUCUGUGCUCCCCUGCCUCCACGCCUUCCACGGUGCGUGCAUCCGCAAGUGGUUGCUUAUGCGCAACCGUUGCCCCACAUGUCUUAAAGCGGUGAUACCAGACAGUCCACAAUAGAUUGACUGUACACGUGAUGAAACCAAAUAGUGUGUUGUAGUGUCAGACCGUGUCAUUUUGCGUACUUUUUUGUCGGGUAACAUGGCUCUGUUGUUUGUGGUCGUUGUGGUUGUUCCUUUACUCGUCGCCUACACGCACAAGAGCGGCGCGGUGGGGUGUGUGUCGGGCGUGCCGUCUUCGUACGCUGCCUUGCGGGGGUCUUCGGGCGGGAAGGGAACGGGGGGUUGGUGAUGUUGAUCGUAAUUCUGUCGGCCAAUUCACCCGCGCGUACAUUUGCGGGGCUGCACGGAGAGCUGGAAAAAUUCGGCAAGUCAGGCCGUGUUGGCCUUACCUGGAACGAAAGUUGGCCCCGAGUGCUGGCGUAGGUUUUGGUGUCAUUAUAUCUGUCCGACUGGGUCCGAUUUGGUACUCUUGGGACGUCCGGCGCACACGUGCACAAGGUUCGAGGUCCGUCGGAAAACAAGUGCCUGGUAAGUUUGCGGCGUGUCCACAAUGUCGCGCGUUCCGUGCGGCAGGAAGAAUGAUUCUCAAGUGGGAUGGGUGUGGACUUUGCUGAAUUUGCUAUUUCGUGUACUGGAGAGCAGGAGACAAAUCCAUAAAGAGAACAAUGAAUAUUCGGCAAGUGUACUUACUACUUGGACUUUUAUUGACCGAGGCACGAAGGCCACCAACGGCCCGCUGACUGAGAGAGCUCUCGGGGGCGCUUUCAGUCGUGCCCGAUUCUGGAAACAACAGUCCGUCGGAGUUUGAUUCAUGCGGCAACUCGGCUGAUUCCGGACGGUCUAGAAUACAGUGGUCAGGUUUGGGUGUGUUUACCAUUGGGGUGCGCUGCCGUUAACUUUCCGUUCGGCAACACGUGUACAGUAGUUGUCCGGAAAACAGCAGCAGGGGUAGAGGCUGCGUGUCGUUCAGAGGGCGUAGGAGCGCUGCUAGAUUCUGUGGGGGGAACAUUCAAGCGCUGCCGAGUCAGAAGUGUUGCCGUAGUCUAGCCUACAGAACGGGCCCGCAAAUAAAGAAGAAUGUCAAACUUGGUUUGAUGUUCAAUUCCUUGUUUCGUCGCCAUCGUCGUGCGCAGGGUGAUGUAUACCUGGUAGAGUUUAGUGCAGGAUCCCGCGCGGAGCUGAGUUUCUUGUAGCCUAAUGGUGCGUUCUUGACAAUUUGAGCUUCUGCGUCUUCGUCGAAUUAUACUUGAAAAAUAUCGCUUACUUUUCGGGCCCGUUCUCCUAUAUGUGUGUCGCGACUGCGGCCAUUAUAAGAAAAGCCCUGGUGAACGUCGCACAACAAAUCACCGUUGCGGAGAAAUGUGUGUCGAAAUCGAUCGCCCCAAGUUCAUGUUUGGAAGUUGUACGUGGGGCUGGCGAUCAACCUGCGCUUCUUGGUGUUAGACAAGAAUGUUCUCGUGCAUGUUUUUUUUAUGUAGAUACGGACUGGUUGCGGCGGCGUAUUUUGUGUGUGUCGUGAAGGAGUGAUCACAUUUUUCGUGGGGUUUCAAGGUUGUCACCGUCGUUGCAAAGUGUCCCGUACGGCUUGGACCUGUCGUAGCAAAUUUCUUUCCUCUUAAGAUGUGAGGGUACCUCGCCCUAUACUG